AUGCUAAAUAUCACAAAAUUUUGGGGUAUUACAGUAGAGAAGAGGUAGUAGGAACGCUGCAGAUGCAGAGGCAUGGGGAAUGCCAUAAGUCAGCUGGUUUUGAGGAAGAAAGUAGGAAGCAAUUGGGCUAUAGAGAACAGACCAAAGAAAAGCCCAGUAGAAAGCCCAAAGCAAAUUCGGACAUCAGCCCAACAAUGGAGGAGUCCACAAAUAUGGCCUUGGCCCAAGUAAGCAGAUCGGGGAACACAAAAUCAGAUACAAAUGAGGAAGAUUAUAGAAACAAAGGGAGUGCAAGCGAAAAUGACGAGAGAGAAGGGGAAGACCCAUUCUGGAAAGGGUUUGAAAGUGAAGAGGGUAGGUUAAAAGAAUGGAUGGGUAGGAAGAAUGAGGGGAUCCCGAAGAAGAAAAAGAGGAGAAUCAGAUCUUGUAAGGCGGUGUAUUUAUCAACAAGAGCAAUAGUGGAGAAUGAAGAGGAGGUAAUACAGAAAAUAGAGGAGAUGGAAGACAAAGACAGACGAGCAAAAGUAAAAAUGGUGAUGAAGAAUGCCGAAGAUGAAAAGAGGGGCCCUAAACCCUUCAAAUUUUUUGAUGCAUGGUUAGAACAACCGGGAUGCAUAGAGGUCAUUAAAAAAGCAUGGAAUUCCAGCGACGAAAAAGGUUGGAAAGGCUAUAGGUUCAAGGAGAAAUUGAAGAGAACCAAGAAUGCCUUAAAGGAGUGGAAUGACAAUUCUACAACAAAAGUGGAUAGUAAAAUUAAUGAGGCUGAGAAGGAGAUUGCAUUACUAGAUGAAAAAGGCGAGAAAGACCAAUUGUCUACAAUUGACAUUGAAAAGAGGAGAAAAUGCUUUAUUGAGUUAUGGAAGCAUCUCAAAAUUAAAGACAGCAUGUGGCAACAAAAGUCAAGAAUGGCGUGGCUAAAAGAAGGGGAUGCAAACACAAAGUUUUUUCACAGAUGUGUGAAGGGAAGAUGGAGGAGAAACGAAAUAAAUAGCAUACAGAUCAAUGACAAACAACACACUGUGGUGGCAGAAAUUAAAGAGGAGGUGGCCAAGUAUUUUGAAGAGUUGUUUACAGGGGAGCAAUGGCAAAGACCGAAAUUGGAGGGCAUUGAUUUUAAACAAAUAUCUAGUACAGAUAGUGAACUUCUUAUGGCUGAAUUCUCUGAAGAUGAAAUUAAGGAGGCUGUUUGGGACUGUGAUUCUUCGAAAUCUCCGGAGUUUCAUAGAAAUGGCAAACUUGUCCGUGGGUCAAAUGCCUCCUUCAUUGUCCUAAUCCCAAAGGUAGACAAUCCCCAAAAGAUUGAAGAGUAUAGACCCAUAUCGUUAAUUGGGGUCAUGUACAAGAUCAUCACAAAGCUAUUAGAUAAUCGGCUUCGCAAAGUCCUGCCAAAGAUUAUCGGGGAGCAGCAGAUGGCAUUUAUUGGAGGUAGACAAUUAAUAGAAGGAGCAGUGGUGGCAAAUGAGAUUAUCGACGAGGCAAAGAGGAAGAAGAUGAAAAGCUUUCUGUUCAAAGUUGAUUUCGAGAAAGCAUAUGACAAAGUCUGCUGGGAAUUCGUUGAUUAUAUGUUGAUGAGAAUGGGAUUCAACAUAACCUGGAGAAAGUGGAUACAAGAGUGUCUAAGAUCAAGUAUGGUAUCAGUGCUUGUCAAUGGGAGCCCAACAAAGCAAUUCACUGUUAGCAAAGACUUACGACAAGGGGACCCACUAUCCCCAUUUUUAUUUCUGAUUGUGGCGGAAGGAUUGAACGGGCUUGUGUCAUCUGCAGUUGUCAAAGAGCAGUAUAAAGGAGUGAUAGUUGGAAACGGAGCUGUAUCGGUUUCUCACUUACAAUUCGCAGAUGAUAUGAUAUUCUUUGGAGAGGCAACCGAAGAGAACAUAAAGGCAAUUAAAUGCAUCAUGAGGAUUUUUGAGCUUGUCUCAGGGCUAAAAAUCAACUUUGGGAAAAGCCAGCUAAUGGGAAUUGGAGUUGGGGAGGAGUGGAGGGCGAGAAUGGCCUUUAGAUUGUACUGCAAAGAGGGAGGAUUUCCAUUUAAAUACUUGGGGAUCCCGAUCGGAGGGAACCAUAGAAGGAUUACCAUGUGGCAACCAAUGGUGGAAUCCUUUAAAAGAAAGUUAGAAAGCUGGAAAGGUCGGCAUCUCUCUUUCAGUGGUCGUAUCACGCUCAUAAAUUCAAUCUUGUCUAGCUUGCCCGUCUUCUUGAUGUCGGUUUACCUAAUCCCGAAGGUCAUCAGGGAAGUUAAUGAAGAAGAACAUAGUGGCCUGGUUGUAUACCCGACGAUCAUAACCCCAAAUGUCUGGUCUCCUAGAACUGAUCUCUCGUGCAUUAAUUCCUUCAUACGCAGGUUGAUUCUUUCCUCUGGUUCUGAAUCUCUCCCAGUGCUGUACUGUCUCUCUGCCGCGUGAUCCACCGCCGUCAAAGCACUAUCGCUGUAACCCUCUCAUCUCUCUUUACGCUGCGUAGCCUCCUCGGUGUAGCAUUCUUGUAUUGGCUUGGCUGGGUAAAACAUUAGUGAUAAGAAUUUGCUUGCAAAUUUAUAGUUACUAGUGCUAGUUAUUGAAAAUGUGCACCAUUUGCAGCAACAUGUGCCACAUCAAUAAAAGUGUGCUUUCACC